AUGUUGUUCAAAUCAACCAUAACACUCAGUCUCGCAUUGCUAGGAUCUCUCAUUUCUCCAGCAGGCACCACAUUCGUUAUCCAAUGCUACAGUCGCCUCGUUGACGAGCGCGUCGAUCCAGUAGUCAGUCCUGGAAUCCUCCCGGCAUCUCAUGUCCAUGCUAUUGCUGGUGGAAGUGGAUUCAGCGCUAAUAUGACAUAUGCCGAUGCUCGUGCUGCUAAAUGUGGUACAUGCAAUGUAGAGGAAGAUUUGUCAAAUUAUUGGACUCCGAAGCUUUAUUACAAGGCUCAGAAUGGUAGUUUCAUUUCUGUGCCUAUUAAUGGAGAUGAUGGGUAUGGAAAUCUUGGUGGAAUGGCUAUUUACUAUCUUCAACGUCCAGGUCCAGAUAAUGAUCCGCUCGUUCCGUUCCCUGAGAAUUUUCGCAUGAUUGGGGGGGAUACAAAUCGACGAAGUUUUAACAGCUCUUCUUUUGCAGACCGAGCUGUUAGUUUCAGAUGUACUGGAACAGAUCUUCAAACAAAUGGAUUCCCAAAUAUAAACUGUCCAGAUGGUCUCCGACUUCAAGUUACCAUGCCUUCUUGCUGGGAUGGGGUCCAUGUAACUGCCGCGGACUACAAAUCACAUAUGUCGUAUCCUGUGGAUGGCGACUAUGACGGUGGUCGUUGUCCAGCUUCACACCCUCAUCAUAUGGUGACUUUAUUCUUUGAAGUUACAUAUCGCACCGACCUUUUCGCGAAUGACUGGUAUGGCAAUUCUCAGCCGUUUGUUCUUGCUAAUGGUGAUACUACCGGUUAUGGAUUUCAUGGUGAUUUUGUAAAUGGCUGGGAUAUUCCAACACUCACUAAAGGAAUCAACAACUGCCUUGAUGGCCAACCAAAUUGCCCUGCUGAGACAUUUACCUUUUACGAACAAUCCGAUACCCAAGAGUGCAAACUCGCGCCUUUGAUCAACGAGCCCGUAAGCGGUGUUCUUCACGCGCUUCCUGGUUGCAAUGCACCUUCUUCGGGCCCAGCAGAGUAUACACCACCUGCCUGUCCCCAGGAUGCAGCUUUGACAAAGUCACUCCAGACUCCACCAUCCCACUUUAACCCUGCUGCCUCCACCGCCGCUACACUGCCAAUUGGCAUUGUCGAUCUAAGCACUUCCAAAGGCUGGACUUAUCUCGGAUGUGGAACAGAUGAUGCAGGAAACCGAACAUUGAAUGCCGAUUGGGAGGGCAACAAUUCCAUGACCAUUGAAACUUGUGUUGAUUUCUGUACAUCCAAGGGACAUACAUAUGCAGGCAUGGAAUUUGGAAGUCAAUGUUAUUGCGAUAACAGGCUAUCCGCAGAUCGAGCACCGGUUACUGGAAUGCUAGGUGACUGUAUUAUGCCUUGCGCUGGGAACAGUUCCGAAAAAUGCGGCGGUAAUGCUGCCAUUACACUUUACCAGAAGUGUGGUGCACAUGGAUGUGCUCCCUCUAGUGCAUCAACCACUGCUUCUGCUCAUUUACAGAGUAAGAGAAGUAGGGUUAUGAGGGUUCUAAAUAUUUGA